AUGGCCUCGGAUGAUCUUCCUUCUCGGUCGACUUUGAAGCUUUGCGAUCUCAAUGUGCUCUAUCCAAGGUUAGAGGCAUGGAUUGGGAGAGCAUUUCCGUCUAUAAGGAUAUAUGUGCGCGCCCCUCAUGAUGCGGAGAUCAUAUAUAACUCAACUCUCAACAAUUCGAUACGGCUUCAUCUGACUGUCAACAUAUCGCAAGUCUAUCGAGCUGAUGAGUAUGGAGAUAAGAUAUCAUACCUAACAAACCCUAUCUUUCCCGAGGUUGGAUGGCAUAUUGUAUCCAAGCCUUACAGGGCAGCAAAGAAGUUCAUUACAUCUACUCCCCUGUCGGAUGCCCUUUUGGGCUCGGAUCCGACCUAUGAAACUGUGCCGUAUUUUGAAACAGGUAAACAACCUAACUUUGAAUUCGUACAAAACAUACUUCGGCGGGAACCUAUGCGGCCAAACCUGACCGACUCAAACCCAGACGUCACAGUAAUUGCCAGCGGCAUGGUGUAUGAACCAGAAUUCUUGAAAUACUCGGAGCAAAUAUCAUUUGCUAUCUUCAACCGGAGCCAAUCAGAACCAUAUGGCUUGUGCAAGAUCACGGAAGAAUACCGCACGACAAGUAGUUUUGAUUUUCUGGCAUCCAUCGGUGGUUUGCUCGCACUUUUGCAAGGAAUACACAUACUUGUGUUUGGGCGUCCGUUGUUUUGGGGAAUGUUUGGCGCCAAACUUAUAACGCCGUUCGGUCUCGCGGGUAAACUGGCUACCCGGGCGUUCAGAGAACGGCUACAACAGCAAUAUCAUCGUCGAGCGGAACCACAAGACUCGACAAAGACGACACAGGAAUCGGGCACUGAAGAAUCUGGGUCCAGAGUCGAAAUCGAUAUGACUCGGUUCCUUCUUGACUAUGUCAUCGAUAUGGGCCCGGCUUCACUGCCAAGUCCUCCUCAGGAGAAGCAAAACAGUGAGACCGACAGCAGCGAUUCUGAAGACGAGGUCAGCUACCAGCGUGUUCGGGGGCUAGGAAAAGAGGACGGGGUGGAGGCUACAAAGCUUGAAUGGGAGAGUGGAACGAUUGAACCGGCCAAAAGGGGGUGUUCUACCAAUAAUGAUGUGGAUAAGAUGGGCAACUUUAGGGUGCAUACAACGGAGCCCGAAAUGCCCCCCAAAAAGUCAAAAGACCGAUCAACAACCCCUCGUCGACGGUCGCCACGAAAAAAGGCGUCAAACGCACCUAAAUCGACUCAAACCGAGGUUAUUGAGCCGCAAAAAGAGCGAAAAAUGCCCACCCGCCCCCUUACAUCCUCAUCCGAGCCCGAUGUUAUCGAAACAGUUGAAACUGGUGACUCGGAAGGGGAGAUGGAAGUCGUAGACAUUAGUGGAGGCGAUGAAAUCCACGAAAUCCACGAAAUCCACGAAAUCCACGAAAUCAAUGAGAUUGAUGAGCUUGACGAACUUGAAUCGUCAGCUCUGUUUGGUAAAUCAAGUCCUAAGGCUGCUAUGCAGCAAUCUGACGGGGAAGUUCUUGACUUUACUGAAGAUGAGCUGCCAAAACCCACCAACGAUUCCGAAGUAGACGAGUUUUUUGACGAUGCAAUUUGUGCUACAAAGUCCAAACCAGCUGAAGGGAGCAACCGAGUUCCCAGGUCGUUGAAACUAAAAGUGAAGCCGCAGCAUGCGUCAUCAAAACCCACCACAACUACCGGAUCAGGCCGCACUCAUAAGAAGAAAGCUAGUAAAAUUGCCCCCAAUAUCACUCAUGAGGUCAAUGUCUCAGACCUUAUAGUCUCAUCAGUCAUCAAAUCCUGUGUGCAGCUGCCCAAUGGAACAAAAUCACUCAAAUUUGAUCAAAAUGCUUCAUUUUGGACACUCAAGUUUCAAGCUGCAGAGGUAUUUGAGGUUCCUGCAAAGCAUCUGAGGCUUGCGUAUACAACAAACAAAACCAAACGCAAACAGCGGCUCUUGGUUGACAAGGACAAUUUCACAAACAUGACCAAUGACAUUGUUGAAUUCUUUGAGCGCCAAAUCAAGACAAUCCACAGCCAACGGCUAAAGGAUGCAGCUGCUGCUCACAAUGCAGAAGAGAAGGGUUGUGCAUAUGUACCAAAGGCUCAACAAGAAAUCACAGAUAUUGGGCUAAUAUUUUACCAUCAACCCCCAGCAGACAAUCCAUCCAUGAGUAGCAAGGGUACUAGUACUGGGAACAUAGAGUAA